AUGGGAGCUAUAGAAGAAAUCGUAGACAACUAUUCCCAAGGCCAGAUGAUUGGCAUCGGGGUAGCUUUCACGAUGUUACCCAUUAUUGCCGUCGCCCUGCGAUUGUGGGCCAAGUUCCUUGGCCAAAAAGGCAUCAAAUUAGAUGAUUAUUUGGUUAUCGCUGCAAUGACUGUUGCUAUUGGUUGUGCCUCGGUGCAGCUUGUUGCCGCUGUUGAUGGUCAGCUCGGCCAACAUCAAUCAACUACUCCCGACGGGCAGCCGAUUCUUGAUGACCCUCGAUUUGUUAUUUAUGAGAAAUGCAAACUUGCAGUGAACAUCCUCUCCACCGUCGGCCUUGGAUUGGUAAAAUCGUCCAUCCUGGUCUUCUACAUGAACAUCUUCUUUGGCAGGCCGUUCGAAAUCGCCUCAAAAGUAGUGCUGUGCUUAGUUAUUGGCUGGACGGUCUCAUUCUUUUUCGCCAAUCUCUUCACUUGCUAUCCGAUAACCCCGUUCAUCGAGUUCUUUUACCACAACGACUGCGUGGACGGACUCGCGCUGUGGUAUGCUAUGGCUAUUUCAGAUAUUAUCAUAGAUGUGAUUAUUCUCAUCAUGCCGAUACCGAUGGUUCUCAAAUUACAUUUGCCAUGGACUCAGAAGUUGGGAGUGUUGGCUAUGUUUUUGUUAGGUACCAUAGUAUGUGCAUUCAGCCUCACCCGUGCGCUUAUCUACGUCCAUGUGGGUGAGAGUCUGGAACAUCAUUAUAAUGAUGAGACUUACUACACCUCACCGGUCUUCUUUUGGGCUGUCAUUGAGUUAUCUACCGCGAUCCUUAGCGCCUGUCUUCCAACUUACCGGCCAAUCUGGCUUCUGCUUCGCGGCCGUCCGAUUAGGCCGAGGAACCGGAGCUCAUACUAUGCACGUAAUCAUGGUAGCAGCGGUCUAGGCAGUAGUAAGCGGGAGUACCCUUUGGGGCCUGGCAUGGACUUCAAGGAUGACAUUAGGCUCACCGAUGGUUUACGCAUGAUGGACGUAGAAAUAAAUGCUCAGAGCAACCGUUCAGAUGAGCAACUUCCUUCAAAUCAUGGAAUUACCGUCGAGCGUAGUGUUCAUAUGGGCAGUCAACCCGUGGAGACGAUAUGA